CUGCCAUCUGCUGGACUCAGGGUCUCAACGGCAGUAAUACCACUGGCUAGAUGCCGGAACACUCCUUGCACCUUUACCGAAGUUAUCUGUCGCGCUGUUAUCCAAAGCUCUUCUUUCCGAAAUGCUACUCUGUGAUAGGACCACAUGAUGCAUUUUGAUAGCCACUAACAGCCAUCAAAUAAUGAGCUAUUAUCGGUACUUGCUUUUCUCCGCUUGGCAACCCCGCAUGAAGAAUUCCAACGGGCUGUUAUCUCUGAUUACUCUCCUGCAUUCCCGAGCGAUAAGCCUCGCUGAAAUGGAGAAGAAGUACAAAGGAGAAGAUACUGCGGGAUGUGAAUAUAAUGAUAAGAUCUGUGUAUCCCACGCUUCGGUGGCUACAUCACGACGGGGAACUUGACUUGCCUUAACAUCACAUUUGGAAUGUCGAAUGGUCAGAGUGAGCAGGAGCCCAUCUGGGCUCCGGGCACAGUCACCCUCGAAGAUAUACACGGCAGCAGUGUGGUCCUAUUCCCUACUCCUUCUGACGACCCGGAUGAUCCUCUCAAUUGGUCCAAGGCACGGAAGGCUCUCAACUAUACUUUUGUUAGCCUAUUUGUCCUCUUCACCUUCGUGGAGCUAGACAUUGGGUUUACCGCAUGGGGUCCGAUGGAAACAGAGCUUGGCUUCACGGUAGACCAGCUCAAUGCCGGUACAGCGACUAAUUACGGUGGUCUUGCUGUGGGGUGCUUCUUCCUGCUUCCUCUCGCUCGAAAAUAUGGUCGCCGCCCUAUCUACAUCUUCUCCUCGGCGUUGCAGCUGGCUGCGAGCGUGUGGAAUGCCAAAACCUAUACCUUCGGUGACUAUAUCGGAGGGAUGCUGAUUUCCGGCCUGGGGGGUGCUAUUAGCGAGAUUAUCGUACAGAUGACUGUCGCAGAUCUUUCCUUUGUCCACCAACAUGCCACCAUGAACGGAUUAUUCGUACUCUUCCAGUCAGUCGGAGCGUUUCUGGGACCUGUCGCCUCAGGAUACGUCGUGGAAUCCCAAGGCUGGCGCUGGGGAUGGUGGUGGUGUGUGAUAUUCUUCGCCGUCAUGCUACUUUGUGUGAUCUUUCUUUUCGAAGAAUCGAAGUUUAUUCCUAUUCUGAAUGCCCAGGAACUUAUUCCAGAUGUGCAGACAUCCGGUGUAGAAGAACCUGAGUGCUCUCAGGCUUCUAAAGGAAGACUGUCUUCUGAUGACAAGAAGGGAUAUAAAGGGUCCGUGGAAAUACUAUCUGCCACACCGCGGCCUGGAAGCGAGCCAAAGACCUACCUUCAGAGAAUGGCCCUCGUCACACCGUCUGAUGAAUCUAUAUGGCCCCAUGUGUGGCAGCCAGUUGUCAUUCUAUUUACAUUUCCAGCAGUGACAUAUACUGCACUUACAUAUGGCUCCACCCUGUGCUGGUUCGCAGUCAUGACAUCUCUACAAGCGACAUAUAUGAUUCUUCCGCCAUAUAAUUUUAGUUCAGUCGAAAUCGGUUUGAUGAAUGUUGCCCCAUUUAUUGGCAGCCUGUUAGGCUUUCCAAUCUCAGGCUAUCUGAGUGACAAGUCCAUCCUUUGGCUUUCGAAGAGAAACAACGGCAUAUACGAGCCAGAGAUGCGACUUUGGCUUUCGCUCCCUAUAAUAGCUUUGGGUCCAGGAUCUAUACUGAUGUUUGGACUUGGGCUUGCCUAUGGCUCUCACUGGGUCGUACUAGCAGUUGGCUAUGGUUUCUUUGGGUUUGUUCUUUCUUGCAGCAGUGGUAUCUCACUAUCAUAUCUUAUGGAUUGCUAUCAGGAUAUCGUUGGCGACACUCUGGUCGGCGUAGUCUUCAUGCGAAAUGUGAUCGCUGUCAUUGUUCUUUUCACUUUGACACCUUGGGUUAAUGGAAUGGGUAUGCAGAACCUGCAUAUCUUAAUUGCAGUCGUGGCAUUCUUCAUCUAUUCGAUUCCAAUUCCCCUGCUAAUCUGGGGGAAGAGAGCGCGGAUUGCUACUGCAUCGACUUAUCGGAGGAUGGCAGAGAAUCAGAGCGACAAUCGGGUGGUCUGACAUACAAGCUAUCUUUGAGACAAGAGCUUGUAGACUAUAGGGAUCUAUAUAUGUACACAGGACCAUUCGCAAUGUAGCAGUGCAAUACCAAUUCUUUGAUAACAUU